UACGUUUCCGCUCCCUCCCUUCCCCAUCGCGCCUCGCGGGAUCUGCUCAUUUUCGUCUCCUUCAUCAUUGUCACUCACUCAUUCAAACUUACCGAGUCGCUGACUCAGUGAUCAUAUUGUGAGCUACACUAGCUCUUCUCAAUUGCCUCCACUACUGUUGCUUCCAUUGAGUACUCAGUGGCGGGCUCGAUUUCUGGUUUUUGUUACCGUUGCUAAGGGUAGCAAUGCAGAGAGAUUUAUCUUCGGACGAAGAAGAUGACCGCCACAAUUUGAUUGAGCAGAAUGUGAGGAAGCCUCCUACUCCACCCUCUUCUACUGCUGGUGUGUUCCACAUAGAAGAUUUCAGUUCUCGAAUGCCCCGAUUGAAUUUCAAGUUCCGGAAGAGGUAUUUGUUCGUCGUUCUCGGUAUUUUCAUUGUUCUCCUGUACUUCACAACAGAUGCCCACACGCUCUUUCCCACCAGUUUCCCUUCUUUAAAGUUCGAUCCGCUGAGUGAGCAAAUGAAGGAGUCCGAAUUGCGCGCUCUCCAUCUCUUGCAGCAGCAGCAGUCGGAGCUUUUGAGUGUUUGGAAUCACACAUUUCGACUGGUUUCUGCUGUCAAUUCAACGAAUGAUUUGAAUUCAAGUUCGCCAAUGCAGGAUCCGAAUCACUUGCCCUCGUUCUCAUCUUCGGCAUUGUUAGAAGAUCUUAAAUCUAUUUUGUUUAAGCAGAUUUCUUUGAAUAAAGAGGUUCAACAGGUUUUGUUGUCUCCCCAUAAGACUGGGAAUUCGAUUGAACCCGAAUUCAGUUUUGGAAAUGCUAGUUUGGGUGAUGUCAGUUAUGAUAGGUGUAGAACAGUGGAUCAAAAUUUGUCACAGAGAAGAACAAUUGAGUGGAAGCCAAAAGCUGAUAAAUUUCUGCUUGCCAUAUGCGUUUCAGGCCAGAUGUCCAACCAUCUAAUUUGCUUGGAGAAGCAUAUGUUUUUCGCGGCUCUUCUUAAUCGGGUAUUGGUUAUUCCGAGCUCGAAAGUGGAUUAUCAGUAUGAUAGAGUGUUGGAUAUCGAUCACAUUAACAAAUGCUUGGGAAGAAAGGUUGUCAUCUCCUUUGAUGAAUUUGCUGAUAUCAAGAAGGAUCACAUGAAGAUAGAUAAGUUCCUAUGUUACUUUUCUCUUCCCCAACCUUGUUAUCUGGAUGAGGACCAUAUAAAGAAAUUCAAGUCGUUGGGUUUGUCAGUAAGCAAACCGGAGUCUGUUUGGGUUGAGGAUACCAAGAAGCCUAACAAGAGGACAGCUCAAGAUGUUCUAUCUAAGUUUACGUACGAUGAUGAUGUAAUGGCAAUCGGGGAUGUCUUCUUUGCUGACGUGGAACAAGAAUGGGUAACGCAACCAGGUGGUCCACUUGCUCACAAAUGCAAGACUCUGAUUGAACCUAGCCGUCUUAUCAUACUCACUGCUCAGCGUUUUAUUCAAACGUUCCUGGGGAGGAAUUUCAUUGCUUUACAUUUUCGAAGACACGGCUUUUUGAAAUUCUGUAAUGUCAAAAAACCAAGUUGCUUUUACCCCAUCCCUCAAGCCGCAGAUUGCAUUUUGCGAGUGGUUGAGAGUGCCAAUGCGCCUGUCAUUUAUCUUUCCACAGAUGCAGCAGAAAGUGAAACUGAUUUGCUUCAGUCACUCGUUGUGCUGAAUAACAAGCCUGUUCCACUUGUAAAACGCCCAGCUCGUAAUUCAGCAGAAAAAUGGGAUGCUCUAUUAUACAGGCAUGGUAUUGAGGGAGAUUCUCAGGUGGAGGCCAUGUUGGAUAAGACUAUAUGUGCCAUGUCUAGUGUGUUCGUUGGAGCCCCGGGCUCCACUUUCACUGAAGACAUCUUGCGGCUUAGAAAGGGCUGGGGAUCAGCAUCAGUGUGUGAUCAGUACCUGUGCCAAGGCGAGGAACCAAAUAUUGUUGCCGAAAAUGAAUGAAGAUACUAUAAAACUUAUUCAUGGACUCCUACCAUUUAUUGCUGAGCCACUUCUGCCUAUGAUAGGUUUAUUUGAAAUUUAUGGUGUAUUGAUUGUCAUGUAUGAUAAUAGCAUUGGCGAUUUUGUCUCAUAAGCGUUAUUCCUUAUUGAUCUAUUCUUUCAUCACACAGAUUGUUUGUACAAUGAAAACUUGGUCCUCAAUUUGGCCCUAAUGCAAUUACUGUCUCUUCAGCAUCU